GCAGGAAGUACAAGGGAAGGUAGCUGGGUGGGUCUAAUCCAAUCAUCUGAGCUCCUUAUAAGAGGCAGGGCUUUACUGAGACCACAGAGAUCUCCAGUCAGAAACAGACUGCCUGCGAGGGAGAUUCCUGGCUGCUGCUGGGUAGACCAAGGAAACCCAAGACCUUCCGGGAAGACUAAGCAGCCCGGCCACCGACCCACAGACCUGAGAGCUGCACCACUGCCCUCGCUCUCUGACGCCAGUACUGCCUGCAGCCGGCCAGGCUCAGCCCAAGGACAGGGGAGAGGCUAAGGCCCCGCGACAUGGCGCGCACCAAGCAGACCGCCCGCAAAGCCACCGCCUGGCAGGCCCCCAGGAAGCCCCUGGCCACCAAAGCCGCCGGAAAAUGGGCGCCGCCUACAGGAGGGAUCAAGAAGCCUCACCGCUACAAGCCUGGCACCCUGGCGCUGCGGGAAAUCAGAAAGUACCAGAAGUCCACGCAGCUGCUCCUGCGCAAGCUGCCCUUCCAGCGCCUGGUGCGCGAGAUCGCCCAGGCCAUCAGCCCGGACCUGCGCUUCCAGAGUGCGGCCAUUGGCGCCCUGCAGGAGGCCAGCGAGGCCUACCUGGUGCAGCUCUUUGAAGACACCAACCUGUGUGCCAUCCAUGCCAGGCGCGUCACAAUUAUGCCCAGAGACAUGCAGCUGGCCCGCCGCCUCCGCGGAGAGGGUCCUUAAGAGCCCAAAGGUAGCUAAGCAUAGGAUUGGGAGUGGAAACAGGCAGAAAUCAGGUCUUGGUGGUGUUUCUGUGUGCUUUUGUUUGUUAAUGUCUAAUCUACCUUGAGGGUCAUAAGGCACUAGUGUCAGGUGGGAAUGUUUCAGUGAGCGAGUUUCAGCACUUCAGCUCUACAUCAAUUUUCAAGAAACCUGUUCAUUUUCACUGGACUAUGCCUGUGUUUAGACUACUUCAAACCAAAUAAAUCUCUUCCUGAUGGCAA